AUGCGCCAAGAGGACAAGGGUAUGUUCGGUGACGGAAGCAGCGAUGCGGCCCUGGCCAACGCCGCGGCGAGGGGGCAAGUGGAAACCGUGAGGCAGCUUUUGGAAACUGGUGCGGAUCCCAACCGAGUCAACCGCUUCGGCCGGCGUCCAAUCCAGGUCAUGAUGAUGGGCAGCGCCCGCACCGCCGAGCUGCUGCUGCUCCACGGAGCCGAGCCCAACUGCGCGGACCCGGCUACCCUCACCCAACCCGUGCACGACGCAGCCCGGGAGGGCUUCCUGGACACCGUGAUGGCGCUGCACCGAGCCGGGGCCAGGCUGGAUGUGCGCGAUGCCUGGGGUCGCCUGCCUGUGGACCUGGCUGAGGAGCGGGGUCACCAGGAAGUCUCGGGAUACCUGCGUGCUGCUGCAGGAGACUGAAAGUGGUUACACUCAGCCGCCCACGGCUUUUCUUUCUUCCCCAGCUCCCCAACCCCAUCUUUGUUACAUGAAGGCGGCAAACGUGGAGCGGCGAGCGGCGGGCGAAAAGCCUGAAAGUGGGCCUGGACCGUUCUAGUCUCCGCGAGGAAAAGAGAACCAGACUGGAAAUUAAUUUCUUCCUCCCCCCUCCCAAACACACCUCCUCCAGAUCCCACCCUGAACACUCACGGUGAAGCCAAACUCAGAUGCUGAACAAAUUAAGGUUCAGAGAAUUUUAAGUGCUGAAUGUGAAACCUUCUAGGUUUUGUUUACUUUUCAGGACUCGUUUACUUUUCUUCUGGGCAGAAGGUGGCUUGUAUAGAAGUUUGAGAACGCCCCUGUGUGCCUGUGCAACUGCACAGGAAUGGUGCUUGGGGCGGAAUGGGACAGUGGUAAUCCUGGUGGGGGGUAGGUGAUUACCUUUGCUUCACUAAGCUUGAAGGACCGCCCAAAACCCCCAUUACAGGUAAAUGGGGCUGGAAGGCAAAUCUGAAGGCUGUGAUACUUGGGAGUUGGUGCUGAACUACAGUUAUACUGGAACCCCUAGGGACUCCAGAAAGAACUGGAGAGAGAGGGUUCAGGGGCCACCUUGAAUUUACCAGUGUAUUUGAAAACUGCUAGAGGAGCGAUUUGUUUUGUCUUGUUUUGUUUCAUUUUUUUAUUCAGUAGGGAGCAAAGAUUCCUGUGCUGGUUCAGAAAUUAGCACAGAGAGUAAAGGUGGAUUGUAGGCUGAGUAACUGUAGCAAACUGUAACUAUUUGCUUCAUCUAUGUAUGAUAGAAUACAAACUCCCCAUACCCUGAAUUGCCACUUGAAAAGAUUUCCAUGUACUUUGUACUUCUGUGUUGUUUUUCAGUAACAGUCUUACUUAACUUCAAAUAACAAAGUAACUCAUGGCUCUUGGUAAAAGUGAGGAGGAACUGCAAACUGCAUGUCUUACAAGAAGCUACAGCACAGUGACAAAACCUAGUGGUAAUACCAAGAUUAGUUUCAUUCUUAACCUAUUUAUUUCUUUAUUAGUUUUUCUAAAUUUUCCCUUACUAGAAAAUGGGGGGGGGUUAGUCUCAAGCUAUGAAAUAUGCCAAAUAUAUUUUAGAAAAUUGAUGCACUUACCUAGUAAAUUAUCUCACAAUAGUUUCAAAGUGUUGCUGAAAAAGAAAUCUGAGUGAAACUGUUGAAGAUAUAUAAUGAUGGUUCUUGGAAUGUCUUAAUAUAUACUAAAUGAACUAAAGAUGUUCUGCUUUGGAAUUUGAUUUCUAGUACUCUUUGAUUCAUUACAGCAUUAAAACAACUGAUACUUCACUAUUUUAGUAGAGAAAAAUAAUAAUAAAUGAGAUUGGACUCCAA